CGUCAACACUGAGCUAACACUUCGGUUAAUACCUUGCAAGCGCUAGGACGCGUGUCGCUCGAAGAUCUAUUUUGUGUAUGAGCAUAAAUUCACUCCGGUACUGUCAUUUGCCUUGAAAUCUAUCCGGCAGUGUGCGUGCAAAACAGCAGAAGAACUCGUAGGAGAAAAUGUUAAAGACGUUAGUUUUGUGACAAAAAAGCAACGAGAGAGAAAGUGCAUCUUGUGUGUUUGUGUGGUGAAAACAGCUACCAAAACGGAUUACACUGUGUUGAAGCAGAAACCUGGAAAUAAGAGUUAAAAGUGAUGGAAAAGUGAACUGAAAAAAGUUGAGCCUGAAAUCAGCAAAAGCAGGAUAGUUACAUCCAGCAAACAAGAAUAGUGAAGCAGCAAAAACGGCAACUGAAUUGUGUGCCUGUGCAAGAGUGUGUGUGUUUGUGCAAAAAGCAGAGGACAAAACGCAAACCGCGUCAUAUCAACGGUGAAUAGUCCUGAGUGCGUGUGCAGAGAAGAACGGUCUGGUGUCUUCUCAAGAAAUUCGUUGCGGGACACGUGUGUCCCCAGCUAUUGUCUCCUGCGUGUGACUUUGACUUGUGAUUUUUGAUUCGGAACUGUGCGUGUGUGUGUGUUCGUGUUCGGAACACCAUGCCAACAUCGAUCAUGCAGAAGAACUACAGCAAUUGUCCGCUCAAGAAGCGUCCAGUCUUCAUGUCCAAGGAGGACGCCCUUAAAAAUGACUCAGACGGUGAGAUGGAACCGGAAAACCUGAGCACCAAACCGCAGGACCUCUCAAUGAAGUCCAUGAAGAAGAAGGCACGGUCGGAAUCGCCCGAGCAGCUGGUCGUGAUCAAGGCGGAGGACACUCUGCCCACCCCGCCACCCUCCUCGUCCCCCGCGCCCAGUGAUACCAAAUCGCCUCUGUCCAUCCCAACGCCGACCUAUGGCUCGUUGCCCUCGAUGUACUACGCCGGUUCCCGGUCGCCCGCCUCGUUCCCAUCGGUGUACCCCGGAUUCCCGUACCCGCUGCCAUAUCCGGCCGACUUCUACAGUGCCUACCACCAUCAGCAGAGCCAACAGACUACCCCGCACCAUCCGACAGGACUUCCGCUGCACCAUCACCACAGCCAUCACCUGCAUCCGCACCACAGCCAGAUCUCGCCACCGCGCUCCGAGCCGCUGUCUCCGUACAGUGCCGGCCAGCACGAUACCUCCGGCAGUCCUUCUGCCUCACCGACGCACCUCUUCCGUCCGGAUCGCCAUUCGCUCUCGCCACCACCGUCGAUGGUUGUGCCGGCCUACCCAGCCGAGCUUCGCCUUAACCAGAACAACAACAUCAUCAAGUCGGAGUCUGCGUUCGUGCGGGCCCAGCACCGCUACAUGCCUUACCCGCUGCAUCAUCCCGCCGCUCACCAUCACCACCACCACCAUCUGAUGAUGUCCUCCGUGGCGGACCAUCCCUCCCUCUCGCCUGCCUCCAGCCAUACCUCGUUCAACUCGUACCUUUCGUCGCGUGGCCGUUCCCUGUCGCCGAUCUCCUCGUCGGCACCCGCCAGCCCGGGAGCCGAUUCGGAGGAGAACAACAACAGCCUGAGCGUCACCAACGGUAACAGCACCUCGCUAUCGUCCUCGUCCGGCUGUUCGUCGAUCCUCACGGAAAAGUCCACCUCGAGCUCCAACAUCCAGAAGAAGGGUGAGGGUGAGAAGGGAGCGGCGACGCCGGCGAGCGGUGGCGCGCCACGCUACCAGUGUCCGGACUGUGGCAAAUCGUACUCCACCUACUCGGGGCUCUCGAAGCACCAGCAGUUCCACUGUCCCGCGGCCGAAGGCAACCAGGCGCAGAAGACGUUCGUGUGCAAGGAGUGUGACAAACCGUACAAAACGCUCGGUGCGCUCAAGAUGCACAUCCGCACGCACACGCUACCGUGCAAGUGUACGCACUGUGACAAAGCGUUCUCGAGGCCGUGGCUGCUGCAGGGCCACAUCCGCACCCACACCGGGGAGAAACCGUUCGUGUGCAAGCUGUGCUCGCGGGCGUUCGCCGACCGGUCGAACCUGCGCGCGCACCAGCAAACGCACGAGGACGUGAAGCGGUUCAAGUGUCCCACGUGCACGAAAUCGUUCUCGCGGCUUCCGCUGCUAACGAAGCACGCCGAAAGCGGCUGUCCGGGUGGGUCCGGUGGUAGCAGUACGGCCGGUUCGCCCGUCCCCUCGCUGGCGCGUUCGGACAGUCCCCAUUCGCAGAGUGGUGCCUCGUGCAACAUCUCGGAGGAUAGCUUCAUCCCGACCGUGUUACCGCACGGUGGUAACAUCGCCGUGUACUAGGGCGAUGAGGUCGUCCUCUUCAAGUGUGUGUGUGUGAGUGUGUGCCUUCGAGAAAAGUGUGUGUGUGCUCUUUCCCCAAAAAAAAAGAACGAACGAGAAAAUCAACCAACAAAAGAGACUGAUGAGCGUUAGUAUUCGUCGUGUGCCACGUCGGGGUGGUUUGUGUGGUGAAGGAAUGAAGCAGUGUUUUGGGUGACUGCCAGACAGUGGAAAAAAAUUGUUUUCUACUUUAGUAAGUUUAUUUAUUUUCGAAAUAGCUAAAACACCACAACCGGGAAGGAGUAAAGUUAGUAGAUUUUUUUCGACAAUUUUUUUUUUUCUCGUUUCGUAAGAAGCGCUAAAAAGGAAAAUGGGGGAAAAAAGAUAAAAAUGAGACACAAACUGUUCCAAACUAGUCAGAUUCGUUUUUUUUGUUUUAGUUUUUAGUUUGCAUUUUAGUGGAAUUUUCGCUUACCGGAUGUUAGUUUCGCUUCAACUUUCUUCAACACAUUUCGUAUCCGUUAAAUUAUGUAUAGGGUUUUCCGUGCUUUUCUUUUCACUAUAAUUUUCUCGCUAUCAAAUAACAAACGAUAAGAAGAUCUCAAUGUCCAAUUUUUUCUUGAAGUUCUUGAAGAAAAUGACGGCAUAACCACUUGAAAAAAAAAAAACAAGCGCCUGGGGAUAGAACGGCGCAAUCAAAACAAAACAUCAUGAUCCGAUUUGCCUUAGAAAAAUUAAAAAAAAAAUGCCUCUCGUUACAAUUGGAAUUGCCAAACCUCGUUACUGAAAAGUGCAAAGUGCCUUCAAGAAACAAGCAUCCCCCAAAACUCUCGCUACCAACGAAGCAGGAAGAGUGCAUUUUGUUUUAGUCGUACAAGUCUUACCGUUAGCAGCGCUAGUUCAUAAGAGAGCAGAAGAAAUGACACAAACAUAGUUCACUAUUUUUAUAAUUAAGCGAAACACAGGAGCUAACGUUAGCUCGCCCACCUCUGUACAUAGAGCGCAAAGAACAGCAUUUAAACACUGGUAGCAAAAAAAAACAAAAACUAGAAAGACACACAUACGGUUUAGUUCGUUAAGCAAAGCAGCUAGCGUUUAAGUUGAACUUAAUAUAUUUUUGUUUGUUUUCUGUAUACAAAAAAGACACAUCGGUAGCGUGUAAGCAGUUGUAGUGCGUAAGUACAGCAAAACUCUCUCCUAGCGGGCUAAGAAAAAGCAAAUCGACGACGACGCAGCGUCACACAAAGCAAAAUAAAAUGACAUGAAAAUCUAAAACUGAAAA